AUGGCGAAGACUCUAUGGGAUUACGUUCGCGAUGCCUGCGGACAGUGCAACAUCAGCAUUCCAAGUGACAAGCUCCCCUUCAACAACAACCAAGAUAUGAAAUCUUCCAUCAUUGAUCCUGAAGGCAGGAACCGAGUUCUCUUAUUUCCAGGAGCGUUCAAUCCCGCCCACGAGGGCCACCUGCAACUUCUGCGAAGCGUUCUCAACGAUAUGAAGAAGAAUCUCAACAUCAGGGGAGUCGUCAUCUUCCCCAACGAUGACGAAAAAAUUCGCGAGAAGACAAUGGAAGAGCCGGUUGACCUCGAUUUAAACAAAUCCAAGCGCUCAGCUCUUUGGAGAAAUGCUGCUGGGUUCCCUGCAAACAACGCAUGGAUAUUCGCAGAGUCGCGCUCGGCCCUAACAAGGUUCCAGGAACAAUUGCAGGGUAACCUGACAAAAGAGAAUAUCAACCUGACGUUUUUACUUUUAGUUGGCUCAGACUGGAUAAGCACUCGGGCAGUUUACGAUCCCGGCCAGUGGAAUUGCAGCGAGACGAUUACGUCGGAUGUGUCUAGGCCUGUGGAUUUCCGGUGCGAAUAUACGCUUCGACAGAUUCCAGGCUGCUUCGAUUGGGUUCAAAGGUUUUUUGCGGAAUCUGCUCCUUGUAUUCCUUGGGAUCCUUUUCAAAUAUCAUAUGGAUCACUCGAGGUCAAUGGUUCUGUCGGAUCUCUCUCCGUACACCACCUUCUACGGCCAUUCGACCACCAACCAAGCCAGCAACUCUCAACACGACAGGAGAACACAAUGGGAUCAGGCGACAUACCGCCCCCUUCAGCGCCAGCCUGGCUCAUCCCGGCAUCCUCAGCCCUCCUCGGCGCCGGCGUCGUCUUCUGGCUCAUCUGCUACGUUCUCAUGACUAAACGCUCACUCAGCACUCGCGACACGCCCAUCCCGCUCCUCGCCCUGGGGAUCAACCUCUCAUGGGAGCUCGUGUACGCCUUCUACGUGACCGAGGAGUGGCUCGAAUUCGCCGGGUUCGUAAUGUGGCUCGCUCUCGACAUGCCUGUGCUGUACACCACCCUCAGGUACGGACGCAGGUCGAAUGCCACCUCGCCACUGGUCGCUCGCAAUGUGCCCCUGCUGUUGGGCCUAGUAUUCGCCUCUGGGCUUGUCACCAACAGCCUAUUCGCGUCGUGGUGGCUCAAGGAGCCGCAUCGCGGGUCCGGCCUCAAGUUCGGCAAGAUAUGGAAGGGUCUCGAAGCAAGAGAUACGACAGAGUUGGCCUGGUGGUCUGCUGGCGUAGCACAGAUGAUAAUGAGUGUUGGUGCAUUGGGCAUGUUGCUUCAGCGAGGGCAUUCCGGUGGUCAGAGCUAUGCGAUAUGGUGA